CAGACUAACGCUGCUUUUGCCCAGCGUUUCUCAGGAGGGAGGACAGUUGGAGAGGCUUUGCUGCUAAGGAAAUUUAUUUAAAUAUUGCUGGUUCAAGAGGAAAUAUAAAGAAAAGAAGCACAGAAGCAAACAAAAGGUGCAUCCGUAAGGGCCAAUGGUGGGAAGAGAGGAGUUAACUUCAUUAACUUAAGAGAGUGGGUGAGAGACAGAGAAGAAAACACUCUGUAAAGAUGGCGGAAGAAGAAGACUAUGAUGAGGUUGUGGAGUACUACAUUGAAGAGGAGGUCAUUGACGAGGAUCAACCGGAUGAGACAAUUAUGGAGAUCACUGAGACAACAUAUACUACUGGAUCAGCUCCUUAUAAGUUAACCACCACAAAGCAUACUACUGAAACCAGGGGCACCGCUCACAAGGCCUCCCCUUCUUAUACGGUAACGACAGACUAUGCUACUGAAACCAGAGGCAGCGCUCGCAAGGCCUCUCCCUCUUAUACGACAACCCCCACAGCUCAUACUACCGGAACCGAGGGCACCGCUCACAAGGCCUCUCCUCCUGUCAGAAAAAAGGUUGUACGGAAAAAAGUGGAUACAUCAAAGUUUCUGACACCAUACCUGAGUCACAGUUCAAAAAUGCAAAAGCUCUUCAGUGAUAAAAAGUACAAAGAGAAGUUUGAGAAGGAGAAAGGAAAGCCAUAUGCAGUCACAAGUGAUACCCCUGAAUUGCGAAGAAUCAAGAAAGUCCAGGACCAGCUCAGCGAGGUCAAAUACCGCAUGGGUGGUGACCUGGCUAAGACUGACUGUCAUGUUGAUGAAAAAGCAAGAGACAUAGAACACGCAAAGAAGGUCUCCCAGCAAGUCAGUAAAGUUUUAUACAAACAGAACUGGGAAGAGAAUAAGGAAAAGUAUUUGCUCCCUCCUGACGCUCCUGAGCUUGUGCAGGCAAUAAAAAAUACUGCCUUAUACAGCAAGAAACUAUACACUCAAGACUGGGAAGAAGACAAAGCACUAUUCUACCCUUAUGAUGACAGCCCCGAACUGAGGAGAGUAGCAAAGGCUCAAAAGUCCCUCAGUGAUAUUGUCUACAAAAAAGGGCAUAAUGAACAAAAAGCUAAAUACACUCCUCUGCCAGACCCACCUGAUGUGGAGCUUGCCAAAAAAGUAACCAGGCAACUCAGUGAUCAUAACUAUCAUGCAGACUAUGACAAGAACAUCAGAGGCAAAUGGAGCCAAACUCCAUGCUAUGACGUUGUAGUUGCCAGAAUGAAUGCUGAUAACUUGAGCCAGAGAAAAUACCAAGAAGAGUGGGAGAAUCAGAAAGACCAAAUCUACUUUAUGCAAACAGGAACGCCAGAGUAUGAGGUUAAUAAGCGAGCUGGACUUGUUGCCAGUAAGGUAAAAUACAAAGAAGAUUAUGAAAAAUCCAAGGCUUCUCCGGAGUAUAAUGUGCUUCCAGUUGCAGAGAACCUACUGCUCAAGCAACUACAAGCUGCUGGAAAUCUUGUAAACGAUAAAUUAUAUAAGGAAGCAUAUGAAAAAGCUAAAGGAGUAAGCAUUAACUACUGUGAGACUCCGAAGUAUCAUGUCGACAAUGUACUGAAAAACUUCAGCGAUGUUAAAUAUAAAGAGGGUUAUGUGAACAAUAUCUUGGGCCAGUACAUAGGCAGCAUUGAGGACCCCUAUCGAGCACACUGCAUGAAAGUUGAAGCUAUGAAGAGCAAUAAAAACUACAAAGCAGACUAUGAAGAUGAAAAGGCAACAUGCUAUUUCCCUCAGACCAUAACUAAAGAAUAUGAAACUAUAAAAAAAUUAGACCAGUGCAAAGAUCAUACCUACAAAAAACAUCCUGAUAAGAUCAAAUUUACACUAGUGCCAGAUGCACCCUUUCUGAAGCAAGCACAGAUUAAUUCCAAGCAGCUGAGUGACUUGAACUACAAAGCCAAACAUGAGAGUGAGAAAUUCAAAUGCACCAUACCACCGGACGCCCCAUUGUUCCUCCAGUCCAGAGUCAAUGCAUACAACCUCAGUGAUAACUGUUAUAAGUAUGAGUGGGACACGUCAAAAGAUAAGAAAUUUGAGAUCAAGAUGGAUGCCAUUCCAAUUCUUGCUGCUAAAGCCAAUCGGAAAAUUGCCAGUGAUGUGGAGUAUAAGAAGGGUUAUGAACAGAGCAAAGGGAAGUUAAUUGGAGCUUUGAGCAUUCAGGAUGAUCCCAAGAUGCUACUUUCUCAGAAAGUGGGCAAAAUGCAGAGUGAUAUAUUAUAUAAGGAAGCAUAUGAAAAGGCUAAAGGAAUAAGCAUUAACUACUGUGAGACUCCGAAGUAUCAUGUUGACAAUGUACUGAAAAACUUCAGUGACGUUAAAUAUAAAGAGGGUUAUGUAAACAAUAUCUUGGGCCAGUACAUAGGCAGUAUUGAGGACCCCUAUCAAGCACAUUGCAUGAAAGUUGCAGCUAUGAAGAGUGAUAAAAACUACAAAGCAGACUAUGAAGAUGAAAAGGCAAAAUGCUAUUUCCCUCAGACCAUAACUCAAGAAUAUGAAACCAUAAAGAAAUUAGACCAGUGCAAAGAUUAUACCUAUAAAAAACAUCCUGAUAAGAUCAAAUUUACACUAGUGCCAGAUGCACCCUUUCUGAAGCAACCACAGAUUAAUUCCAAGCAGCUGAGUGAUUUGAACUACAAAGCCAAACAUGAGAGUGAGAAAUUCAAAUGCACCAUACCGCCGGACGCCCCGUUGUUCCUCCAGUCCAGAGUCAAUGCAUACAACCUCAGUGAUAACUGUUAUAAGUAUGAGUGGGACACAUCGAAAGAUAAGGAAUUUGAGAUCAAGAUGGAUGCCAUUCCAAUUCUUGCUGCUAAAGCCAAUCGGAAAAUUGCCAGUGAUGUGGAGUAUAAGAAGGGUUAUGAACAGAGCAAAGGGAAGUUAAUUGGAGCGUUGAGCAUUCAGGAUGAUCCCAAGAUGCUACUUUCUCAGAAAGUGGGCAAAAUGCAGAGUGAUAUAUUAUAUAAGGAAGCAUAUGAAAAAGCUAAAGGAAUAAGCAUUAACUACUGUGAGACUCCAAAGUAUCAAGUUGACAAUGUACUGAAAAACUUCAGUGAUGUUAAAUAUAAAGAGGGUUAUGUGAACAAUAUCUUGGGCCAGUACAUAGGCAGCAUUGAGGACCCCUAUCGAGCACACUACAUGAAAGUUGAAGCUAUGAAGAGCGAUAAAAACUACAAAGCAGACUAUGAAGAUGAAAAGACAAAAUGCUAUUUCCCUCAGACCAUAACUCAAGAAUAUGAAACCAUAAAAAAAUUAGACCAGUGCAAAGAUUAUACCUACAAAAAACAUCCUGAUAAGAUCAGAUUUACACAAGUGACAGACUCGCCCACCUUGGUACAAGCACAGAUUAAUUCCAAGCAACUAAGUGAUUUAAACUACAAAGCCAAACAUGAGAGUGAGAAAUUCAAAUGCUCCAUACCUCCGGAUGCCCCGUUGUUCCUCCAGUCCAGAGUCAAUGCAUAUAACCUCAGUGAUAACUGUUAUAAGUAUGAGUGGGACACAUCGAAAGAUAAGAAAUUUGAGAUCAAGAUGGAUGCCAUUCCAAUUCUUGCUGCUAAAGCCAAUCGGAAAAUUGCCAGUGAUGUGGAGUAUAAGAAGGGUUAUGAACAGAGCAAAGGGAAGUUAAUUGGAGCGUUGAGCAUUCAGGAUGAUCCCAAGAUGCUACAUUCUCAGAAAGUGGGCAAAAUGCAGAGUGAUCUUGAAUACAAAAAAGGUUAUGAAGAGUCAAAGACCAGGUACACGGCACCGCUAGACAUGAUUCCAGUCGUUCAAGCAAAGAAAGCGCAGGAGAUUAUCAGCAAUGCAGAUUACAAGCAUAUCAUUCAUAAUUACUCCUAUCCUCCUGACAGUAUUAAUGUGGAACUUGCAAGGAAGGCUAAUGCUCUACAAAGUGAUGUUGAAUACAAAGCUGACUACAAUGCCUGGAUUAAAGGUUGUGGCUGGGUGCCCUAUGGGUCCCUGGAUGCAGAAAAAGCUAAAAGAGCUUCAGACAUCAUCAGUGAGAGAAAAUAUCGUCAGCAUCCAGACACUAUUAAGUUUACACAAAUUGAAGAUGAUCCUGUUGUAGUACAGGCUAAAAUCAACCAAGCUCAAAGAAGUGAUGUACUUUACAAAGCCAAAAAUGAAGAUGUAAUUCAUAAAUAUCACCUUCCAGCAGAUGCUCCUCAGUUUCUCCAGGCCAGGGUUAACUCCUACAAUAUUAGUGAUAACUGCUACAAACUGGGGUUGGAAGAAUUGAAAUCGAAGGGAUAUGACCUGACAAUUGAUGCUAUUCCCAUCAAAGCUGCCAAGGCUGCUAGACACGCUGCCAGUAAUUUCCAGUAUAAAAAAGACUAUGAACUUGCCAAGGGUAAACUGGUUGGCUUCCAGAGCCUUCAAGAUGACCCCAAGUUGGUCCAUUGUAUGAAUGUUGCCAAGAUGCAGUCAGAUCGGGAGUACAAGAAAUCUUAUGAGGAAAGCAAAACCAAAUACAAUGCUCCACUAGAUAUGGUCAACGUUGUCGCUGCCAAGAAAGCCCAAGAAAUUGCCAGCAAUACCAAUUAUAAGAACUUGCUUCACCAUUAUACAUUAUUGCCUGAUGAUAUAACUGUGGAACGGUCCAAAAACAUGAUGCAAAUUCAAAGUGAUAAUCUUUACAAAGAAGAUUUUAAUAGCUGGAUUAAAGGCAUUGGGUGGAUCCCAAUUGGUUCACUGGAUGCAGAAAAAGCUAAAAAAGCAGGAGAUGCCUUGAAUGAGAAGAAGUACCGGCAGCAUCCAGACACUAUCAAAUUUACCAGUGUUGUUGACUCACCUGUCAUGGUCCAGGCUAAGCAGAAUUCACUUCAGCUCAAUGAUAUACUAUACAAAUCUUCUGGAGAGGAAAUGAAGCAUAAAUACCACUUGCCUGCAGAUGCCCCUCAGUUCAUCCAGGCUAGAUACAAUGCAGCUAACAUCAGUGAUGCUUAUUAUAAACAUGGCUAUCAUGAAUUAAUAGCCAAAGGGCACAAUGUAUUGGGUGAUUCUAUUCCAAUUACUCUAGCCAAGGCUUCAAGGAACAUCGCUAGUGAUUACAAAUACAAAGAAGCGUAUGAAAAGGCAAGAGGAAAACACGUUGGUUUCAAAAGCGUGCGAGAUGAUCCUAAGCUUGUUCAUUCUAUGAACGUGGCGAAGAUACAGUCUGAACGUGAAUACAAGAAGGACUACGAGAAGAGCAAGACUUGCUACCAUACGCCUGUGGAGAUGGUCAGCAUCCAGGCUGCCAAACAGGCACAGGAUGUGGCCUCUAAUGUCAACUACAAACAUCUCAUCCAUAAUUAUACCUACCUGCCAGAUGCCAUGAAUGUUGAGCUGGCAAGGAACAUGAUGCAAAUUCAGAGUGAUAACAUUUACAAACAAGACUACAACAGCUGGUUCAAAGGAAUUGGAUGGAGUCCUCUAGGCUCACUGGAUGUAGAAAAAGUUAGAAAGGCUGGAGAUGCGAUAAGUGAAACGAAAUACCGCCAACACCCAGAAACUCUCAAGUUCACAAGCUUAAUAGAUGCAAUGCCAAUGGUCUUGGCUCAGCACAACACUAAACAGCUGAGUGAUAUAACGUAUAAGCUGGAGGGCGAGAAAGUUAAACACAAGUACCACUUGGAUCCUUAUGUUCCUGAGUUUAUUCAAGCAAAAGUCAAUGCCUACAAUAUAAGUGAUCAUUCUUACAAAGCAGACUGGAAGAAAUUGAUUGCCAAAGGAUACGAUCUGAAGCCUGAUGCCAUUCCUAUAAUUGCUGCAAAAGCUUCACGAAACAUUGCCAGCGAUUACAAGUACAAGGAAUCACAUGAGAAAGAGAAAGGGAAGCAAAUUGGGUACCGUAGCCUGCAAGAUGAUCCUAGAUUGGUCCAUUAUAUGAACGUGGCUAAACUGCAGUCAGAGCGUGAAUACAAGAAGGACUAUGAAAGCACCAAGACCAAGUAUCACUCGCCUCUGGACAUGUUCAGUGUGGUGGCUGCUAGGAAAGCCCAGGAAGCAGCCACCGGGACAAAUUACAAACAACCUCUGCAUAAUUACACCCUUUUGCCCGAUGCCAUGAGUGUGGAACUGUCAAGAAACAUGAUGCAACUUCAGAGCGAUAACCUUUACAAAACAGAUUUCAAUAAUUGGCUGAGAGGAGUAGGCUGGGUGCCAAUUCAGUCUCUGGAAGUGGAGAAAGCAAAGAAGGCAACUGAUAUUAUUAGUGAAAAGAAAUAUCGUCAGCAUCCAGACAAGCUGAAAUACACUAUUGACAUGGAUGCCAUGGAACAGGUGCUUGCUAAGCAAAAUGCCCAUACCAUGAACAAGAGGCAGUAUGUUGAAAAAUGGAAUAAAGAGAAGACUGACAUUCAUGUGAUGCCUGACACACCGGAAAUACUCUUGUCCAAAGUCAACCAAAUUACCUUGAGCAAUAAACUAUACAAGGCUGGCUGGGAAGAGGACAGAAAGAAAGGUUAUGAUCUGAGGCCAGAUGCUAUCUCAAUAAAAGCAGCCAAAGCUUCGAGGGAUAUUGCAAGUGAUUACAAAUACAAACUGGCCUUUGAACAAGCCAAGGGAAAGCACAUUGGAUUCCGUAGUCUAGAAGAUGACCCUAAGCUGGUGCACUUCAUGCAAGUUGCUAAGAUGCAGUCAGAUCGUGAAUACAAAAAGAACUAUGAGACAUCAAAGACCGUGUACCACACCCCAGUUGACAUGUUCAGUGUGGUGGCAGCCAAGAAAGCACAGGAAGUGGCGACUGAUAUAAACUACAGGAAUAUUAUACACACGUAUAAUGUUUUGCCUGAUGCUAUGAAUCUUGAACUGGCCAGGAACAUGAUGCAGAUACAGAGUGAUAACCAGUACAAAGCAGACUAUGAUACAUUCAUGAAGGGGGUUGGAUGGAUGCCAUUAGGAUCUCUAGAAGCUGAGAAGAAUAAGAAAGCCAUGGAGAUUGUCAGUGAGAAGACGUACAGGCAGCAUCCAGACAAACUGAAGUAUUCUAUUCAGAUGGAUUCUAUGCCCAUGGUCCUGGCUACGCACAAUGCAAAGGUUUUGGAUGAGCGCCUUUACAAAAAGGACUGGGAAACAGACAAGACGAAGAUUAACAUCACACCAGAUAUUCCUGAGAUUCUUUUGGCAAAAGUCAAUGCAUUUAACAUCAGCAAUAAAAUGUACAAACUUGCCAUGGAAGAAGAUAAGAAGAAGGGAUACGAUCUCAGAGCUGAUGCAAUCCCUAUUCAAGCUGCUAAGGCUUCCCGAGAUAUUGCUAGUGAUUAUAAAUACAAACUAGGUUAUGAAAAGGAUAAGGGUAAGCUUGUCGGCUUCCGCAGCCUCGAAGAUGACCCAAAGCUUGUUCAUUAUAUGCAAGUAGCUAAGAUGCAGUCAGAUCGUGAGUACAAGAAAGCCUAUGAAUUCAGCAAGACCAGGUACAACACGCCUGCUGAUACUUUCAGCAUCAUGGCUGCCAAGGAAGCUCAAGCAAAUAUCACCAACACCAACUACAAAAGGCUUAUCCACAGAUACAUCCUCCUGCCAGAUGCAAUGAAUGUAGAACUGGCCAGAAACAUGAACCAGAUUCAAAGUGAUCUUGAAUACAAACAAGAUUACAAUGAGUGGUACAAAGGACUUGGUUGGAGCCCUCUCGGGUCACUGGAUUUUGAAAACUCUAAGAAAGCCACUGAAAUUGCAAGUGAUACAAAGUACCGCCAGCAUCCAAGCCUUUUCCCAUUUAAGAAGCUGACUGAUUCUAUGGAUAUAGAACUUGCAAAGCACAAUGCCAAAGUUAUGGAUAAGCAUUCUUACAUAGAGGCAUGGGAGAAGGAUAAAAAGAAGAUUCAUGUGAUGCCAGAUACACCAGAUAUUAUGCAGGCCAAAGCAAACAAGUUAAAUUACAGCCAGAAACUGUACAAACUUGGAUGGGAAGAAAUGUUAAAGAAAGGUUAUGAUCUCACUGCUGAAGCCAUUUCAGUGAAAGCAGCUAAAGCAUCAAGAGACAUUGCUAGUGAUUACAAGUACAAAGAUGGAUAUCGCAAGCAGCUUGGCCACCACAUUGGAGCACGCAGCAUAGAGGAUGACCCUAAGCUUGUGCAUUCUAUGAAUGUAGCCAAGAUGCAGAGUGAGAGGGAAUACAAGAAAGACUUUGAGACAUGGAAGACCAAGUAUGCCACUCCUGUGGAUAUGCUGGAGGUCUUGCAUGCUAAGAAUUGUCAGAAACUGGUCAGUGAUAUUGAUUACCGUCAUUAUCUGCACCAGUGGACAUGUCUCCCAGACCAAACUGAUGUCAUCCAUGCUAAGAGAGUAUAUGAAUUACAAAGUGAUAAUGCUUAUAAAACAGAUCUUGAGUGGCUUAAAGGCAUUGGGUGGAACACGUAUGGAUCUCUAGAGUCAGAAAAGAACAAGAAAGCUUCUGAGAUUCUGAGUGACAAGAAUUAUCGUCAGCAUCCAGACACUAUUAAAUUCACAAGUAUCCCUGAUUCAAUGGAGGUGGUUCUGGCAAAAGAAAAUGCCAAGCGUAGAAGUGAUAAACUUUAUAGAGAAGCGUGGGAUAAUGACAAGACUCAAGUCCACAUCAUGCCUGACACUCCUGAAAUCAUUUUGUCCAGAGCUAACUUAAUUAACACGAGUGAUAAACUCUACAAGUUAGGAUUAGAAGAGUUAAGGAAGAAAGGCUAUGACCUUCCACUUGAUGCCAUAACACUCAAGGCUGCAAAAGCAUCCAGAGAUAUCGCCAGUGAAUACAAGUACAAAGAAGGCUAUCGCAAGCAGCUUGGCCACCACAUUGGAGCACGCAGCAUAGAGGAUGACCCUAAGCUUGUGCAUUCUAUGAAUGUAGCCAAGAUGCAGAGUGAGAGGGAAUACAAGAAAGACUUUGAGAAAUGGAAGACCAAGUUUGCCACUCCUGUGGAUAUGCUGGGGGUCUUGCAUGCUAAGAAUUGUCAGAAACUGGUCAGUGAUAUCGAUUACCAUCAUUAUCUGCACCAGUGGACAUGUCUGCCGGAUCAGAAUGAUGUUGUGCAUGCCAGGAAAACAUAUGAUCUUCAAAGUGAUAUCAUCUAUAAAUCAGAUCUUGAAUGGCUAAAGGGCACUGGCUGGUCUCCAAGUGGCUCCCUGGAAGCUGAGAAGAAUAAGAGAGCUACUGAGAUCUUAAGCGACCAUACAUAUAGACAACAUCCUGACACAUUCACAUUUACUAGCCCCCUUGAUUCUCUUCCUAUGGCUUUGGCAAAGCAUAAUGCUGACAUUAUGAACCAUCGCAUGUAUAUCGAUGCUUGGAAUAAGGAUAAAACCAGCAUCCACAUUAUGCCAGAUACUCCUGAAAUUCUUCUGUCACAGCAGAACAAGAUGAACUAUAGUGAUAAAUUAUACAAACUUUCCUUGGAAGAGGCUAGAAAGAGGGGCUAUGAUCUUCGUGUGGAUGCAAUUCCAAUCAAGGCGGCUAAAGCUUCCAGAGAUAUCGCAAGCGAGUACAAGUACAAAGAAGGCUAUCGCAAGCAGCUUGGCCACCACAUUGGAGCACGCAGCAUAGAGGAUGACCCUAAGCUUGUGCAUUCUAUGAAUGUAGCCAAGAUGCAGAGUGAGAGGGAAUACAAGAAAGACUUUGAGAAAUGGAAGACCAAGUAUGCCACUCCUGUGGAUAUGCUGGAGGUCUUGCAUGCUAAGAAUUGUCAGAAACUGGUCAGUGAUAUCGAUUACCGUCAUUAUCUGCACCAGUGGACAUGUCUCCCAGACCAAAAUGAUGUCAUCCAUGCUAAGAGAGUAUAUGAAUUACAAAGUGAUAAUAACUACAAAUCAGACCUUGGGUGGAUGAAAGGCAUUGGCUGGGUCCCUAUUGGUUCAUUGGAUGUUGAAAAAGCCAAGAAGGCUGGAGAGAUCCUAAGUGAAAAACUGUAUCGUCAGCCACCAGACAGAUUUCAAUUCACCAGUGCGCCAGAUUCUCUUGAAAUGGCAUUGGCCAAGCAUAAUGCAGAAACAAUGAAUAAGCGUUUGUACACUGAAGCUUGGGAUAAAGACAAGAUACAAAUCCACAUAAUGCCUGAUACCCCUGAAAUCACGCUGGCUAGAGAGAACAAGAUAAACUACAGUCAGAGUCUUUAUAAACUUGCCCUGGAAGAGGCAAGAAAGAGGGGCUACGAUUUACGAGUUGAUGCCAUUCCAAUCCAAGCUGCCAAGGCCUCAAGAGAUAUUGCCAGUGAUUACAAAUACAAAGAAGGCUAUCGCAGGCAAGUUGGCCACCACAUCGGAGCACGCAGCAUAGAGGAUGACCCUAAGCUUGUGCAUUCUAUGAAUGUAGCCAAGAUGCAGAGUGAGAGGGAAUACAAGAAAGACUUUGAGACAUGGAAGACCAAGUAUGCCACUCCUGUGGAUAUGCUGGAGAUCUUGCAUGCAAAGAAUUGUCAGAAACUGGUCAGUGAUAUCGAUUACCGUCAUUAUCUGCACCAGUGGACAUGUCUCCCAGACCAAACUGAUGUCAUCCAUGCUAAGAGAGUAUAUGAAUUACAAAGUGAUAAUAACUACAAAUCAGACCUUGAGUGGAUGAAAGGCAUUGGCUGGGUUCCUAUUGGUUCACUGGAUGUCGAAAAAGCCAAGAAGGCUGGAGAGAUCCUAAGUGAAAAGCUCUAUCGUCAACCACCAGACAGAUUUCAAUUCACCAGUGUGCCAGAUUCUCUGGAAUUGGUUUUGGCAAAGCAUAAUGCAGAAACAAUGAAUAAGCGCUUGUAUACUGAAGCUUGGGAUAAAGACAAGACUACAAUCCAUGUUAUGCCUGAUACACCUGAAAUCAUGCUAUCAAAACUGAACAAGCUAAACUAUAGUGAGAAAUUGUACAAACUGGCUAUGGAAGAAUCAAAGAAGGAUGGGUAUGACCUACGCUUGGAUGCUAUUCCAAUUCAAUCUGCCAAGGCAUCCAGAGAUAUUGCUAGUGAUUACAAAUACAAAGAAGGGUAUCGCAAGCAGCUUGGUCACCACAUUGGAGCUCGCAGUGUGGAAGAUGACCCCAAGCUUGUGCAUUCUAUGAAUGUAGCCAAGAUGCAGAGUGCGAGAGAAUAUAAGAAAGACUUUGAGAAAUGGAAGACCAAGUUUGCCACUCCUGUGGAUAUGCUGGAGAUCUUGCAUGCAAAGAAUUGUCAGAAACUGGUCAGUGAUAUCGAUUACCGUCAUUACCUGCACCAGUGGAUAUGUCUGCCAGAUCAGAAUGAUGUCAUCCAAGCCAAAAAGGCCUAUGAUCUUCAGAGUGAUGCUAUUUACAAAUCAGAUCUUGAAUGGCUGAAAGGUAUUGGUUGGGUCCCUGCUGGCUCUUUGGAAGUUGAGAAAGUGAAGAGAGCUGGAGAAAUCCUAAGUGAAAAGAAGUACCGACAGCCACCUGAUCAAAUAAAGUUUACCAGUAUCACAGAUUCUUUGGAGAUGGAGCGGGCCAGACAUAAUGCUGAGACGAUGAACAAGCGGCUGUACAUUGAAGCCUGGGAUGCUGACAAAAAAACUAUUCAUGUCAUGCCAGAUACUCCAGAGAUUUUGCUGGCAAAGGCAAACUCAGCCAACAUUAGCCACAAACUUUAUAUCCAGGGAUGGGAAGAGGCUAAGAAGAAAGGAUAUGACUUGAGAGCUGAUGCAAUUCCAAUCAGAACAGCAAAGGCAUCAAGGGAUAUAGCUAGUGAUUAUAAAUACAAAGAUGCAUAUGAGAAGCAGAGAGGGCACUAUGUUGGAUUCCGAAGUGUUCAAGAUGAUCCAAAGCUGGUAUUGGCUAUGCAUGUAGCCAAAAUGCAAAGUGACCUGGAGUACAAGAAAGAGUGGAACCAAUGGAAAACAAAUAUCCAUAGUCCUGUUGAUAUGCUGUCAGUCUUGCUGGCUAAGAAUUGUCAGAAGUUGGUCAGUGAUACGGAUUACCGCCAUCGCUUGCAUGAAUGGACUUGCCUGCCAGACCAGAAUGAUGUCAUUCAGGCGAAGAAAGCAUAUGACUUACAGAGUGAUAAUUUGUAUAAGUCAGACUUGGAAUGGCUGCGUGGUAUUGGUUGGAUCCCAGAAGGUUCUGUGGAAGUCCUCAAAGUGAAGAAAGCCCAGGAGAUCUUGAAUGACAGACUCUACCGUCAACGGCCAGACUCUAUUAAAUUCACCACUAUUGUUGAUUCCCCAGAUAUUGUCUUGGCAAAGGCCAAUGCUCUGCUUCAGAGUGGAUCAUUAUAUCGUGAAGUCUGGGAUAAAGAAAAGACACAAUACACUCUCCCACCUGAUACUCCUGAGAUGAUUCUGUCCAAAAUGAAUGCUCUGAAUGUCAGCAAAAAACAUUACCAGUCAGGAUGGGAAGAAGCCAAGAAAAAAGGUCAUGACUUAAGACUGGAUGCUAUUGAAAUCCAGCACGCCAAGGCUUCUAGAAACAUUGCCAGUGAGUAUAAGUACAAAGAAGGCUACCGUAAGCAACUUGGACACCUUGUGGGAUUCCUGAACGUCCACGAUGAUCCAAAGCUGGUAUUGGCUAAGCGUGUAGCCAAAAUGCAAAGUGCUCGUGAGUACAAGAAACAGUGGAACAAAUGGAAAACAAAGAUCCAUAGUCCGGUUGAUAUGCUGUCCGUCUUGUUGGCCAAGAAUUGUCAGAAGCUGGUUAGUGAUAUCGACUACCGCCACUACCUGCACGAAUGGAUAUGUCUGCCUGACCAGAAUGAUGUCAUCCAAGCCAGGAAAGCAUAUGAUCUGCAGAGUGAUAAUUUGUACAAAUCAGACCUGGAAUGGCUGCGUGGCAUUGGCUGGAUGCCAGAUGGCUCCAUGGAAGUGCUCAAAGUGAAAAAAGCUCAAGAGAUCCUGAAUGACCGAUUGUACAAGCAACCCCGGGAUGCAUUGAAAUUUACCAGUAUUGCUGACCCACCACCAGUUGUCCUGGCUAAGAUCAAUGCGCAACAAAUCAGUGAGAAUCUGUAUCGUGAAGCCUGGGAGAAAGAGAAGACUCAGUACCAGCUUCCUGCGGACACCCCUGGAAUGCUGCAGUCUCAGAUUAAUGCUCUGAAUAUCAGUAAUAAACAUUAUACUGGAGCCUGGGAUGAAGCCAAGGCAAAAGGUUAUGACAUAAGAGCUGAUGCUAUUUCAAUUAAGCAUGCCAAAGCUUCCAGAGAAAUUGCUAGUGAGUACAAGUACAAAGAAGGUUAUGAGCAACAGAAAGGCCACUAUAUUGGCUGUCCUUCAUUAAAAGCAGAUCCCAAACUUUCAUGGGCUGGCAAAGUAAUGAAGAUGCAAAAUGACAGGCUGUAUAAGGAAGCCUACCACAAUUCAAAAGCCAAAAUUACUAUACCAGUGGACAUGGUGGCCAUCGAAGCAGCCAAGCAAGGACAGUCUUUAGCAAGCGAUGUCGACUAUCGUCAUUAUUUGCACCAGUGGUCUUGUCUGCCAGACCAGAAUGAUGUGAUCCAGGCAAAGAAAGCAUAUGAACUCCAGAGUGAUGCUCUGUAUAAGUCAGAUUUGGAAUGGCUCCGGGGGAUUGGAUGGAUGCCAAAUGAGUCUCCGAUAGUGAAGAGGGUGAAACACGCCCAGGAAAUCCUGAGUGACAUCGUGUACUGCACUCCCCGUGACCGUCUGAAGUUCACCAGCAUCGUUGACACUCCGGAUGUUGUCCUCGCCAAAACCAAUGCCGAACAAAUCAGUAUUCCUAAAUACAGAGAAGUUUGGGAUAAAGACAAAGCUAUGAUCCACAUAAUGCCAGACACACCUGAAAUCUUGCUCUCCAAAGCUAAUGCUGUCAAUGUGAGCAAAAAACUUUAUCGGGAUGCUUGGGAUGACAUGAAGAAAAAUAUUGAUUUCAGAGCAGAUGCAAUCCCAAUCAAAGCAGCCAAAGCCUCAAGGGAAAUUGCCAGUGAUUACAAGUACAAAGAAGGUUAUGAGCAACAGAAAGGCCACUAUAUUGGCUGUCCUUCAUUAAAAGCAGAUCCCAAACUUUCAUGGGCUGGCAAAGUAAUGAAGAUGCAAAAUGACAGGUUGUAUAAGGAAGCUUAUCACAAUUCAAAAGCCAAUAUUACUAUACCAGUGGACAUGGUGGCCAUCGAAGCAGCCAAGCAAGGACAGUCUUUAGCAAGCGAUGUCGACUAUCGUCAUUAUUUGCACCAGUGGACUUGUCUGCCAGACCAGAAUGAUGUGAUCCAGGCAAAAAAAGCAUAUGAACUCCAGAGUGAUGCUCUGUAUAAGUCAGAUCUGGAAUGGCUCCGGGGGAUUGGAUGGAUGCCAAAUGAGUCUCCGAUAGUGAAGAGGGUGAAACACGCCCAGGAAAUCCUGAGUGACAUCGUGUACUGCACUCCCCGUGACCGUCUGAAAUUCACCAGCAUUGUUGACACUCCGGAUGUUGUCCUUGCCAAAACCAAUGCCGAACAAAUCAGUAUUCCUAAAUACAGAGAAGUUUGGGAUAAAGAUAAAGCUAUGAUCCACAUAAUGCCAGACACACCUGAAAUCUUGCUCUCCAAGGCUAAUGCUGUCAAUGUGAGCAAAAAACUGUAUCGGGAUGCUUGGGAUUACAUAAAGAAAUAUAUUGAUUUUAGAGCAGAUGCAAUCCCAAUCAAAGCAGCCAAAGCCUCAAGGGAAAUUGCCAGUGAUUACAAGUACAAAGAAGGUUAUGAGCAACAGAAAGGCCACUAUAUUGGCUGUCCUUCAUUAAAAGCAGAUCCCAAACUUUCAUGGGCUGGCAAAGUAAUGAAGAUGCAAAAUGACAGGCUGUAUAAGGAAGCUUAUCACAAUUCAAAAGCCAAAAUUACUAUACCAGUGGACAUGGUGGCCAUCGAAGCAGCCAAGCAAGGACAGUCUUUAGCAAGCGAUGUCGACUAUCGUCAUUAUUUGCACCAGUGGACUUGUCUGCCAGACCAGAAUGAUGUGAUCCAGGCAAAGAAAGCAUAUGAACUCCAGAGUGAUGCUCUGUAUAAGUCAGAUCUGGAAUGGCUCCGGGGGACUGGAUGGAUGCCAAAUGAGUCUCCGAUAGUGAAGAGGGUGAAACAUGCCCAGGAAAUCCUGAGUGACAUCGUGUACUGCACUCCCCGUGACCGUCUGAAAUUCACCAACAUCGUUGACACUCCGGAUGUUGUCCUUGCCAAAACCAAUGCUCAGCAAAUCAGUAUUCCUAAAUACAGAGAAGCUUGGGAUAAAGAUAAAGCUAUGAUCCACAUGAUGCCAGACACACCUGAAAUCUUGCUCUCCAAGGCUAAUGCUGUCAAUGCGAGCAAAAAACUGUAUCGGGAUGCUUGGGAUUACAUAAAGAAAUAUAUUGAUUUUAGAGCAGAUGCAAUCCCAAUCAAAGCAGCCAAAGCCUCAAGGGAUAUUGCCAGUGAUUACAAGUACAAAGAAGGUUAUGAGCAACAGAAAGGCCACUAUAUUGGCUGUCCUUCAUUAAAAGCAGAUCCCAAACUUUCAUGGGCUGGCAAAGUAAUGAAGAUGCAAAAUGACAGGUUGUAUAAGGAAGCUUAUCACAAUUCAAAAGCCAAAAUUACUAUACCAGUGGACAUGGUGGCCAUCGAAGCAGCCAAGCAAGGACAGUCUUUAGCAAGCGAUGUCGACUAUCGUCAUUAUUUGCACCAGUGGUCUUGUCUGCCAGACCAGAAUGAUGUGAUCCAGGCAAAGAAAGCAUAUGAACUCCAGAGUGAUGCUCUAUAUAAGUCAGAUCUGGAAUGGCUCCGGGGGAUUGGAUGGAUGCCAAAUGAGUCUCCGAUAGUGAAGAGGGUGAAACAUGCCCAGGAAAUCCUGAGUGACAUCAUGUACUGCACUCCCCGUGACCGUCUGAAAUUCACCAACAUCGUUGACACUCCGGAUGUUGUCCUCGCCAAAACCAAUGCCGAACAAAUCAGUAUUCCUAAAUACAGAGAAGUUUGGGAUAAAGAUAAAGCUAUGAUCCACAUGAUACCAGACACACCUGAAAUCUUGCUCUCCAAGGCUAAUGCUGUCAAUGUGAGCAAGAAACUUUAUCGGGAUGCUUGGGAUGACAUGAAGAAAAAAAUUGAUUUCAGAGCAGAUUCAAUCCCAAUCAAAGCAGCCAAAGCUUCAAGAGAAAUUGCCAGUGAUUACAAGUACAAAGAAGGUUAUGAGCAACAGAAAGGCCACUAUAUUGGCUGUCCUUCAUUAAAAGCAGAUCCCAAACUUUCAUGGGCUGGCAAAGUAAUGAAGAUGCAAAAUGACAGGCUGUAUAAGGAAGCUUAUCACAAUUCAAAAGCCAAAAUUACUAUACCAGUGGACAUGGUGGCCAUCGAAGCAGCCAAGCAAGGACAGUCUUUAGCAAGCGAUGUCGACUAUCGUCAUUAUUUGCACCAGUGGACUUGUCUGCCAGACCAGAAUGAUGUGAUCCAGGCAAAGAAAGCAUAUGAACUCCAGAGUGAUGCUCUGUAUAAGUCAGAUCUGGAAUGGCUCCGGGGGAUUGGAUGGAUGCCAAAUGAGUCUCCGAUAGUGAAGAGGGUGAAACAUGCCCAGGAAAUCCUGAGUGACAUCGUGUACUGCACUCCCCGUGACCAUCUGAAAUUCACCAACAUCGUUGACACUCCGGAUGUUGUCCUUGCCAAAACCAAUGCUCAGCAAAUCAGUAUUCCUAAAUACAGAGCGGUUUGGGAUAAAGAUAAAGCUAUGAUCCACAUGAUACCAGACACACCUGAAAUCUUGCUCUCCAAGGCUAAUGCUGUCAAUGUGAGCAAGAAACUGUAUCGGGAUGCUUGGGAUGACAUGAAGAAAAAAAUUGAUUUCAGAGCAGAUUCAAUCCCAAUCAAAGCAGCCAAAGCUUCAAGAGAAAUUGCCAGUGAUUACAAGUACAAAGAAGCUCAUGAGAAACAGAAAGGCCACUAUAUUGGCUGUCCUUCAUUAAAGGCGGAUCCCAAGCUUUCAUGGGCUGGCAAAGUAAUGAAGAUGCAAAAUGACAGGUUGUAUAAGGAAGCUUAUCACAAUUCAAAAGCCAAAAUUACUAUACCAGUGGACAUGGUGGCCAUCGAAGCAGCCAAGCAAGGACAGUCUUUAGCAAGCGAUGUCGACUAUCGUCAUUAUUUGCACCAGUGGACUUGUCUGCCAGACCAGAAUGAUGUGAUCCAGGCAAAGAAAGCAUAUGAACUCCAGAGUGAUGCUGUGUAUAAGUCAGAUCUGGAAUGGCUCCGGGGGAUUGGAUGGAUACCAAAUGAGUCUCCAAUAGUGAAGAGGGUGAAACAUGCCCAGGAAAUCCUGAGUGACAUCGUGUACUGCACUCCCCGUGACCGUCUGAAAUUCACCAACAUCGUUGACACUCCAGAUGUUGUCCUUGCCAAAACCAAUGCCGAGCAAAUCAGUAUUCCUAAAUACAGAGAAGUUUGGGAUAAAGAUAAAGCUAUGAUCCACAUGAUACCAGACACACCUGAAAUCUUGCUCUCCAAGGCUAAUGCUGUCAAUGUGAGCAAGAAACUUUAUCAGGAUGCUUGGGAUGACAUGAAGAAAUAUAUUGAUUUUAGGGCAGAUGCAAUCCCAAUCAAAGCAGCCAAAGCCUCAAGGGAAAUUGCCAGUGAUUACAAAUACAAAGAAGGCUACCGUAAGCAACUUGGACACCUUGUGGGAUUCCUGAACGUCCAUGAUGAUCCAAAGCUGGUAUUGGCUAAGCGUGUAGCCAAAAUGCAAAGUGCUCGUGAGUACAAGAAACAGUGGAACAAAUGGAAAACAAAGAUCCAUAGUCCGGUUGAUAUGCUGUCCGUCUUGUUGGCCAAGAAGUGUCAGAAGCUGGUUAGUGAUAUCGACUACCGCCACUACCUGCACGAAUGGAUAUGUCUGCCUGACCAGAAUGAUGUCAUCCAAGCCAGGAAAGCAUAUGAUCUGCAGAGUGAUGCCAUUUAUAAAUCUGACUUGGAAUGGCUACGUGGAAUUGGCUGGAUGCCAAAUGACUCUGUCUCUGUCAACCAUGUCAAACAUGCCCAGGACAUUUUGAGUGAGAGGCUGUAUCGUACAAAAGUUGAAACUCAACCAUUCACACCCGUGGCUGACAGGGUUGAUUAUGUCACAGUCAAACAAGUCGGGGAAAUGCUAAGUGCUAUUAAGUACCACGAGGAAUGGAAUAACAUCAAGGCAAAUUAUACACUGACAGACACACCACAGUCAAAUGCAGCCAAAGAAGCAGCCAGGAUUCUUAAUCAUCAUCUGUACAAGGAGAACUGGGAGAAAGAGAAAGCUAUUGGUUACCUUUUGCCUCCUGACAGUGUUCCUUUCUGCCAUGCCAAGCAUUCAAGUGAUGUCCAAAGUGAGUUGCAAUACAAGGCAGAGUAUGUCAACCAGAGAGGUCACUACGUUGGUGUCAAUAAUAUGAGAGAAGAUCCAAAGCUGGUGUGGUUUGAGCAUGCUGGCAAGAUCCAGAACGAGAGAUUGUAUAAAGAUGCAUAUCACAAAACCAAGUCCAACAUUCACAUACCUCCAGAUAUACUGUCUGUCAUUGCAGCCAAAGACUGUCAGCAUGUUGUCAGUGAAAUUCCAUAUCGCCAUUACCUUCAUGAAUGGACUUGUCUUCCUGACCAAAAUGACUGCGUCCAGGCAAAGAAAGCCUAUGACCUUCAAAGUGAUAAUAUUUAUAAAUCUGAUCUGGAAUGGCUCCGUGGCAUUGGCUGGGUUCCCUUAGAUUCAGUGGAGCAUCGGAAAGUAAAGAAGGCUCAGGAUUUGAUAAAUAAGAGACUCUACACAGAAGAGGCCAUUGAUAAUUUUGCCAAUUUCACACCUGUGGAAGAAACUCCAGAUGUUGUUUUGGCAAAGGUGAACUCAAUCAAUCAGAGUGAUGUGAAAUACAAAGAAACCUUUAACCGUGAAAAAGGUCACUAUAUUGGCUCUGAUGACACUCCAGCCCUGAGUCACUCUAGAGAGAUGGCUAAACUGUAUAGUGAUAACCUGUACAAGGAUUUAUGGGAAUCAGGCAAGGCCAUUGGGUACACUCUGCCCCCAGACUACAUCCCUAUUGUUGGUGCCAAGCAUGCUGAUUACAUUAACAGCGAGCUUAAAUAUAAAGAAGUCUAUGAGAAGCUUAAAGGUCAUUAUCUGGCCGGGGCACACAUAAAAGAUUUCCCAAGUGUUGUCCAUUCUCUUGCUUUCCAAAAAAUAAGGAGUGCGUUGGCCUACAGGAAGAAUUAUGAGGACACCAAGGCACACAUUCAUAUCCCAACUGAUAUGAUAAAUCAUGUGCUGGCUAAGAAAUGCCAAUAUAUCCUGAGCGACCUUGAAUACCGAACUUACCUGCAUCAGUGGAACUGUUCACCUGAAGAGAAUGAUGUUGUCCUGGCUAAAAGAGCCCAGGAAAUUCUAAGUGAUGUUGUGUACAAGGAUGACUUAACGUGGCUAAAGGGAAUUGGAUGCUAUGUGUGGGACACUCCCCAAAUCCUGCAUGCUAAGAAGUCUUAUGACCUUCAAAGUCAACUGAUAUACACAAAAGCAGGAAAAGAAAAUUUACAGAACUAUGGUGUGGUUAUGGACACUCCAGUUUAUGUGACUGCUCUUCAGAGUGGUAUCAAUGCCAGUGAUGUAAGGUACAAAGAACAAUACCAUAAAACCAAGGACCGAUAUACCACAGUUUUGGAAACAGCUGAUCAUGGAAGGAUUCAGAAGCUGAAGCACCUGUUCAGUGAUAACCGAUAUAAGGAAGCCUGGAAGAAAGUGAAGUCCACUGGUUUCACAUUGCCUCCUGAUGCUGUGCCACUGGUUCGUGCCAAACAACUGAAGUAUAAUGCCAGUAUUGUAAAGUAUCGUGAAGAAUACGAUAGGUUUAAAGCACUUUACACUCUCCCCAGAGGUGUUCAGGAUGAUCCCAACACUGCAAGAUGCCUAAGAGUUGGCAAGUUGAAUAUUGAUCGCUUAUACAGAGAAACCUAUGAAAAGAACAAGGCCAAAAUCCAUAUUACACGAGACAUGGUAGACAUUGUGUCAGCUAAGAGCACUCAGAAGAAAGUCAGUGAAAUUGAUUAUCGCAUCCAUCUCCAUGAAUGGGCCAACAUUGCAGAUCUUCAUGCCAAUGUUCUUGCUCGAAAAGUCAGUGACCAGCUUAGUGAUGUUGUGUACAAAGAUGACCUUAACUGGCUCAAAGGCAUAGGUUGCUUUGUCUGGGACACUCCUGAAAUUCUCCAUGCCAAGCAUGCCUAUGAUCUUCGCGAUCAUCUGAAGUACAAGUCGAAGGCAAAGGAAAUGGAGAGCAAAUACACAGUGGUCACAGACACACCUCUCUAUGUUCAGAAUGUCCAGAGUGGCAUGAAUCUGAGUGAAGCUGUUUACCGCCAUAACUAUGUGCACAAUAUCAAAGGGAAAUAUACUCAAACAAAUAAGACAGUGGAUUUGGAGCGGGCAACUCAUGCCUACAAGAUACAGCAUGAAGGUCUCUACCGAAAUGCUGGCUUGCACGCGCUUCCAACUGGAUACAAACUCCCACCAGAUACCCCUGGUUUCAAGCAUGCUAAACAUGCCCAAUACCUUGGCAGUUAUAUGAAAUAUAAGGAGAUCUAUGAACACUUCAAGGACAAAGGUUACAAUUUUGGACCCAAAGCUGUUCCAUUUGUACAUACAAGGAAAGUCAAUAAAAUUCUCAAUGAGAGACUUUAUCGGGAGAUAUAUCACAAAAACAAGGAUAAGAUUCACACCACACCUGACACACCUGAAAUCCGCCAAGUGAAAACGAACCAAGAAUCCAUCAGUGAUCUGAUCUACAAGACUGACUUCUUCAAGAUGCAGGGGCACUUGAUUUCCUUACCUUAUACUCCUGAAACAGUACACCACCGUUAUGUUGGAGACAUUACUAGUGAUGUUAAAUAUAAAAGUGAUCUACAGUGGCUAAGAGGCCUGGGCUGCUUCCUGUAUGAUACUCCUGAUAUGGUCCGUUCCCGGCAUUUACGCAAGCUCUGGUCUAAUUAUGUGUAUACCGAAGCUGCAAAGAAGACACAAGAUAAGUAUCGUGUGGUUCUUGACACUCCUGUGUACAGAAACAUUCAGGAGCUGAAGACCCAUUUGAGUGAACUUGUAUACAGAGCUGUGGGCAGAGAGCAAAAGACUAAGUACACAUCUGUCCUAGAUACCCCAGAAUACAAACGGGCCAAAAGAGGGCAAAAACUACAGAGUAAGUACUUGUACAUUGAACUUGCUACAAAGGAAAGACCCCAUCACCAUGCUGGGGAUCAGACACCUGCCUUGAAACUUGCUAAGCAUGUGAAGGACUUGGUCAGUGAGAAAAAAUACAAAGCCCUGUAUGAGAAGCUGAAGCACAAGUAUGUAACUGUCCCUGACACACCAAUCCUAAUUAGAGCUAAGAAAGCCUACCUGAAUGCCAGUGAUCUGCGUUACAAAGAAACCUUUGAGAAAGCAAAGGGUAAAUACCACACAGUGAAAGAUGCCUUGGAUAUUGUGUAUCAUCGCAAGGUCACUGAUGACAUCAGCAAAGUGAAAUACAAAGAAAAUUAUAUGAGUCAAUUAGGAUUCUGGAGAUCUAUCCCAGACCGACCAGACCACUUCCACCACCGUGCAGUCACCGAUGCAGUCAGUGAUGUUAAAUAUAAGGAAGACUUAACAUGGCUCAGAGGCUUUGGCUGUUAUGCAUGGGAUACUCCUGAUCUUGCCCUUGCUGAAAAGAAUAAGGCGCUGUACAGUCCAUAUAAGUACAAGGAAUCAUUUGAGAAGAUAAAGUCCAAGUUCAAGUAUGUUGCUGACACUCCAAUUAAUAGGCAUUUUAAGUAUGCUACUCAGUUGGUGAAUGAGAAAUUGUACAAAUCUGAUUAUGAGAAGAAGAAGGAUAAGUAUUCCUUUGUGGUGGAUGACCCUAGAACCUUGCUGGCCAAAUUGGGAGGCGAACUAAGCAGUCAGUACAAAUACAAACAGCUAUAUGAAAAGCAGAAGGACAAGUAUACAACUAUUGUGGAUACUCCAGAGCACCUGAGGACUACAAAAGUCAACAAGCAAAUCAGUGAUAUCCUUUACAAGCUGGAAUACAACAAGGCCAAACCAAAGGGUUAUACCACAAUCCACGAUACUCCCAUGUUACUCCAUGUACGGAAGGUCAAGGACAGAAUAAGUGAUUUGAAAUACAAAGAAGACUAUCAACAGACUAAGUCUCACUGCAACGUUGUACCAGAUUCUGUUCAUAUUAAAUCUGCCAAACAGGCCUACAAAGUAAACAGCAAUCUGGAUUACAAAAAGAAAUAUGAAGCAACCAAGGCUCACUGGGACUGGACUGUAGACAGACUUGACUUCAUCCAAGCUGCCAAAACGUCUUUGCAACAGAGUGAUUAUGAAUACAAACUUGACCGAGAGUACUUUAGAGGAUGCAAGCUCUCUGUAACAGAUGACAAAAAUACAGUGUUGGCUUUGAAGAAUGCAAUCUUGUCGAGUGAUUUAAAAUACAAAGAGAAGCAUAACAAGGAAAGAGGAAUCAUCCAUCCAGUUCCAGACACUCCUCAGAUCCUUCUCGCAAAGACUGUUAGCGCUCUUGUGUCUGAGAACAAGUACAAAGAAUAUGUUAAGAGGCACCUUCCAUAUGGUUCUUUUACAAAAUUGCCUGAAACACGAGACACUGUUCAUGUCAAAGAAGUAACCAAGCACGUCAGUGAGACAAAUUAUAAAAAGAAGUUUCAGAAAGAAAAGGGCAAGUCGGACUAUUCAAUCAUGUUGGAACCUCCUGAAGUGAAGCAUGCCAUGGAAGUGGCAAAGAAACAGAGUAAUAUCCAAUACAAAAAAGAUGCCAAAUCCAAGCUCCAUUACACUAGUGUGGCAGAUCGUCCUGAUAUUAAGAAAGCCACCCAAGUCUCUCAUUUAGUCAGUGAAAUUGAAUACAAAGCCAAAGGUCGUGGAGAAGCUGGUAUGGGAGUCAGCAUGCUUGGACGCCCAGAUAUUGAACUUGCUAAGCAGGUGUCCAAACUUACAAGCCAGGUGAAAUACAAAGAAAAAUUUGACAAGGAGAAAGGAAUUAAGCCACAAUAUGACCUGAAGGAGAGCAAGAUCUACAAGACCUUAAAGGAUGCUCAUAACAUUGCUAGUGAGGUUAAAUAUAAGGCAGACCUGAAGAAGCUUCACAAGCCAGUGACGGACAUGUCUGAAUCCUUGUCGAUGCAUCAUGUCUUGAACACAAGCCACCUUGCCAGUUCUUACCAGUACAAGAAGAAAUAUGAGAAGAGUAAAGGACACUACCAUGUGAUUCCAGAUAACCUUGAACAGCUCCAUCUAAAGGAGGCCUCAGAACUUCAGAGCAUAGUGAAGUACAAAGAAAAAUAUGAAAAGGAAAGAGGGAAGCCAAUGCUGGAUUUUGAAACGCCAACAUACCUCACUGCUAAGGAGUCUCAGCAAAUGCAAAGCGAGAAAGAAUACAAAAAAGACUUUGAAGAGUCUAUGAAAGGCAGGAACCUUACUGGCCUGGAGAUCACACCAUCUUUAUUGCAUGUCAGAUAUGCCACCAAAAUAGCAAGCGAGAAAGAAUACAGGAGAGAUUUGGAAGAAGGUGUUAGAGGUAAAGGUCUGACCACUCUGGAAGACACCCCAGACUUACUCAGAGCAAAGAAUGCUACUUGUAUCUUGAAUGAGAAAGAAUACAAGAAAGAUCUAGAGUUAGAAAUCAAAGGAAAAGGCUUGACAUCCAAUGCAACAGAAACACCCGAUUAUAUGAGAGCAAAGAAUGCUACAGACAUUGCUAGCCAGAUUAAAUAUAAGCUAUCUGCAGAAAUGGAAAAAGCAAACUAUACCACUGUUGUUGACACUCCAGAUAUCAUCCAUGCCCACCAUGUGAAGAACUUCUCAAGUCAGAAAAAGUAUAAAGAGGAUGCAGAGAGAACCAUGUCAUACUAUGUGCCUGUUCUAGAAACCCCAGAAAUACAGAGAGUCCGGGAGAACCAAAAGAACUUCAGCAUGCUUAAGUACCAGCAUGAUCUACAGGACAGCAAAGGAAAAAUCACAGUUGUAAAUGAAACACCAGAAAUACUAAGAGUUAAAGAAAACCAGAAGAACUUCAGCACGAUUUUAUAUAAAGAAGAUAUUAGAACAGGAACAGCUAUUGAAAAGACGCCUGAGAUGCAGAGAAUUAAAAAAACCCAGGAUGCUAUAAGCACGAUUAAAUACAAGGAGCAUAUUGGAAAAGGAACUCCCAUUUCUGAUCUUCCUGAAGUGAAACGUGUCAAGGAGACACAGAAGCACAUCAGCUCGGUUUUGUACAAAGAGAAUGCAGGGCAAGGAACCCCAAUACCGGUUACUCCAGAGAUAGAGAGAGUGAAACGCAAUCAAGAACACAUUAGCUCGGUGUCCUACAAAGAAAACCUGGGGAUAGGGACGGCAACUCCUGUUACCCCAGAAAUGGAGAGAGUCAAGCGUAAUCAAGAGAACAUUAGCUCGGUGUUGUACAAAGAGAAUUUAGGGACUGGAACCCCCACACCGAUUACUCCAGAGAUGGAGAGAGUCAAACGCAAUCAAGAAAACUUUAGCUCGGUGCUUUACAAAGAAAGCCUAGGGACAGGAAUUCCAACUCCUGUCACUCCAGAGAUUGAGAGAGUCAAACACAACCAAGAAAUCAUUAGCUCGGUGUUGUACAAAGAAAAUGUAGGGAAAGCAACCUCUACACCUGUCACUCCUGAGAUGGAGAGAGUCAAACGCAAUCAAGAACACAUUAGCUCGGUUUUGUACAAAGAGGAAUUGGGAAAAGGUACCCCUACACCUGUCACUCCUGAGAUGGAGAGAGUCAAACGCAAUCAAGAACACAUUAGCUCGGUUUUGUACAAAGAAGGAUUGGGGAAAGGUACCCCUACACCUGUCACUCCUGAGAUGGAGAGAGUCAAGCGCAAUCAAGAGUUCAUUAGCUCGGUUUUGUACAAAGAAAAUUUGGGGCGAGCAACCCCAACACCUAUCACUCCAGAGAUGGAAAGAGCCAAACGCAAUCAAGAAAACGUUAGCUUGGUGUUGUACAAAGAGAACUUGGGAAAAGGAACCCCGACAUCUAUCACUCCAGAGAUGGAGAGAGCCAAACGCAAUCAAGAAAACAUUAGCUCGGUCCUCUACUCUGACAGUUUCCGGAAACAAGUGCAAGGCAAAGCAGCUUUUGUCUUGGAUACCCCUGAAAUGAGACGAGUUCGGGAGACGCAACGGCACAUUUCCACAGUGAAAUACCAUGAAGACUUUGAAAAGACCAAAGGCAGCUUCACACCUGUAGUUACUGACCCUAUAACAGAACGUGUCAAGAAGAACAUGCAGGAUUUCAGUGAUAUUAACUACAGGGGCAUUCAGAGAAGAGUCGUGGAAAUGGAGCGAAAGCGGGUAGAUCAGGACCAAGACUUCACAGAUCUUCGUGUGUGGCGUACAAAUCCUGGAUCAGUCUUUGACUAUGACCCAGCAGAAGACAACAUUCAGUCCAGAAGCUUACACUUGAUUACUGUUCAAGCCCAACGACGCAACCGAGAGCAAUCCCGCUCUGCCAGUGCACUGAGCCUCAGUGCUGGUGAUGAAAAAUCUGAUCAUUCAGAGGGUGCUGAUCAGCGUCUCUCCUAUUACAGCAACGGAGGUUUCUUUACCACAUCUGCAACAGUGGGCUACAAACACGCUAAAACUGUAGAGCUCCCACAACAAAGAUCAUCUUCUGUUGGCACCCAGCAGACAACAGUGUCUUCCAUCCCUUCUCAUCCAUCUACUGCAGGGAAGACGUACCGUGCCAUGUAUGACUACACUGCAGCGGAUGCCGAUGAGGUCUCCUUUAAAGAUGGUGAUGCAAUAGUCAAUGUUCAGGCCAUUGAUGAAGGCUGGGUGUACGGCACUGUGCAAAGAACAAGCAAAACAGGCAUGCUUCCAGCCAACUACGUAGAAGCGGUUUAAGCCAGUAAAGGAGGCAAUGUAUCAACAUGGUAAAUAGAAAGGCACUUUACACUAUGGAUGGCCACUGUAGUCCGUAACACUCCCUCAGGUGCCUUGUUGCUUUCCUCUGUUGAUAUGCAUUAGGCAUUGCCUGUUACACAAAAUGCUCCAAAGGAAUCAAAUGCUUAAGAUUCUCAUCACAGAAACAGUGGGAAAAGCCAUCCUAUUAGCCUUCAUUUCUAUCUUGAUUAACUGGACUUGCAUAUUCAAACCCUAUUUAAGAGAAUUGUUUGGAUCUAAGUUCCAAGAUACUGUCGCCUUUUUUGUUUGGAAUCAAGGUGAAUGUCUGCACUAUUCAAAAACAUUUUUUUAAUGGAACAUCUGAUUGUGUUGGUUUUAACAGUUUUCUUAUCAAGAGAUGUAGUGUUCUCCUGGAAUAUUAUAAAAAUAGCUGAAUGUAUUUAUUUCUGUUCCAAGUACGCAAUUAUGUAACGCUAACAUAUGAAACCAGCCAAAAGAUACAUGGAAAAAGUCUAUCCUUUUGUCUGCUUAGAGAACUCUGAUGCAUGCCUUAUUCAUCUGAGUGUUCAUGGGUCAAGGUGCUGUUAUUCCCUCUCAAAUUAGUAACUAAUAAAUUUCACACCUCUGCA